UCUUCAUCUUAUUAAGACAUUUUUGGCAUGUUAUGGGUCAGUUUAUUUCUGUUGAUGUCAUUAAUUAAGGCCCACCUGACCUCAAAAUGAGCUUGAAUUAAUGAGAUUAAAAAAGAGUUAGAUCACAUGCAUUAAAGAUGUGCAGUUAUUUUAGACAUUGGAAGAGUUUCACAACACGUUACUACAGAGAAGCUUUACAUCAGCCUGUCUGUCGUUUUAUUACUUAAGCAGUUUUGAAGUCUUCUCAUAUUUGUGGGCUGAAACCGUUGAAGAUGUUUUGGAUUGUUUUGUUCUGUUUGUGUUUCUGGCAUCUGGAUGGUGUGUUUGGUGAUACAGAACUGAAGUUAGUGACGGAGGGAGAUUCAGUCACUCUAAACUCUACUUUUAAUGAAAUCAGGGAUGGUGAUCUGAUUCAGUGGGUGUUUGAAAUCACUUUAAUAGCCCAAAUCAAUAAACGGACCAACAGAACCAAUAUAUAUUAUGAUGUUCUUAAUGGGAGAUUUAGAGACAGACUGAAGCUGGACAAUCAAACUGGAUCUCUGACCAUCACAAACACCACAACUGAACAUGCUGGAAAAUAUAGACUACUGAGCAACAAACUUAUGGAAAAGUUUUUCAUUCUCCAUGUCUUUGAACUGAAGACCGUGAAGGAGGGAGAUUCAGUCACUCUAAACUCUGGUCUUACUGAAAAAAUGGAUGGUGAUAAGAUUGAGUGGUGGUUUUGGACUGAAAACACUUUAAUAGCUGAAAUCAAUAAACGGGUCAAUGUGACGGCCAACAACAUCACUGUAUAUGAUGAUGUUCUUGAUGGGAGAUUCAGAGGCAGACUGAAGCUGGACAAUCAAACUGGAUCUCUGACCAUCACAGACAUCACAACUGAAUAUGCUGGAGAUUAUGUGAUGAUAAAUGGAGCAAAACCAUCAUUAAAAGCUUUCAGAGUUUCUGUCUCUGACUCUGUCCACUGUUGUGGUCCUACUGAAGCUGUGAUCCAAUUGGUCCUCUCUGCUCUGGUGGGCGUGGCUACUGUCAUUCUUCUGGUUUAUGACAUCAGAUCCAGAAGAGCUGAACAACAUCAAGCACAUAUUCACACAUCAGGGCUGCGUUCAGUCCCGACAAAACGUUGCAAAACUUUUUUAAACGGAAACGGUGGUGCGUUGAACACCCCGUUCUGAUGACGCAAGAGUUGCAACUAUGGCAGCUGAGAAGGCCAUUCUUUGUGUUCUUUUUGAAGGAUUUUCGGAGCCUGAUGAAGUUGGUAUAAAUAGGUGUUUAAUACUGCAACAUACGCUCGAUGUUACAGUCACUGCCCUUGCCGUUCAGAAUAAAAGAGAACAUCCCAAUCGAGUGAAAGGAUUUGUGGAAACUUCUAAUUAUUGUGAUACAACACUUGCCUUGCAUUUCAGGAUGAAAAGAAAAACAUUUCAGGUGAAGGAUAAUCCACUUCUUACCUCCAAGACUGUGUUAUGAUCUAUAUUAUUUUUAU